UGUCUAGCGAGCAGCUUGUUAUUCUUUUGACAAACUCGAGUCGUUGGCCUGGAGAUCUUUAAAAAUCGAUCAAAAGUCGUUUUGCAUAAUUAUUUCAUAAUUAUGGGUCCACCGCGAAGCAAAUCCCGCCGCUUGAUACCUGAAAGAACGGAGGAUUUCAGUUGGUUUGUCAAUUUAUCUUGACAUGGCCUAGCAGGUUUGGUAGGUUGGUUGUGACGAUUGAAAAAAAAAGCUCGAAAACAAGCGGAGUUGACUUGCGACUACCUCGAAGCCUCAGUACAUCGGAGAGAUUCCUUACUCGUUUGUUGUUGGUGAUCAGAUUAUACGUCAAUAUAUCAAAUGAAAGUCAAAGCUUAAGUAAAAUUGUGCAAUAAUGUAUGUGGGUUUAGUUCUCGAGAUGGUGACGAGUUAGCCACAACAGCUAGCUUGCUCGUAAGCUAACGAUAGCCAAUCUAAUCACAUCCGCGCACAACCCAUGUACUAAGUUAGCAUAACGUAAACUGGUACCAACUCACUUUGAAAUCAGGCUGAAAAUGUAACAGUCGAAUCAAUAGCUAACGUUAGCAAGUUAACUAUAUAAAGGUCCAACUCACUGAAAGAACUCAAAAUAAGAUGUAGCGUUCCAGAUAAAGUUAACUGGCAGUGAAGUUAACUGACUACGAGAAGUUCCACUAGCUAGCGCAAGUUAGCUUGUCAGCCUCCGCAAGACCUCAUUAUGGGACUCAGCAGUGGCACGGCAGACUCUUUGCCAGUUUCGUGGCCGUGACCUCCGAGAUGUCCAGCAACCUCUGUAUUUCCUCUUGGUGCCAACAUCUUGUGGCAUUUGCAUUUAUCUGCCAUGGUCGUCUGUACCCCAGCUAUUCGAUUACACGUUCCUGAAGAGUUCUCUACAGUUAGUUGAGCACAAACUUUAAUUGUCAGCCAUGGACGAGGCUUUGAAAAGACAGCAAAUUUUUCGUUAGUUUAGAAGCGGUUUUGCAAAUCUUAAGCUAGUGAUCUGUUUCGCUUAGAGAAAGCUGUCAGCAUGGGGUUUCAAAGUAGCAGCCAUUUUUGUCAGAUACACCUGUAACGAUACAACUAGUUGUGUUUUUGUUUUUCUUCUAAGAAACCCGUUUGAAACUCCUAACAGGAGAGACUUCCUGAAUCAUUUAUUUGGCCUUAAAGUUAUUGUUCGGGUUUAAAAACAAAUUUAUUGUUCGGGUUUAAAAACAUGGUUAAAAAUAUUUAGAUUUAAAUAACAUGUAGAAGAGCUACUAACUAUUGAACCCAUGCGCACCUUCCCUGUUGAUCUUAAAAUGGCAUAGCUCUCCUAUAAGAAUUAUAUUUCCCCAUUAGAAUGGGUACAUUUGCUUUCUCGCGUUUUUUAAGAGGGUAACUUAAGUGCUUCGUAUUCACUCAAAACCUUAAAGUUUUUUUCUUUUUAAUUUGAAAAAAAAAAAAAAAAUUGAUUACCAUCAAUAUAACAAUGGGAGACCCAACGUCUCGACGGAACCAAACGAGAAAUCGCCUCCGUGCCCAGCUUCGGAAGAAAAGGGAAUCGUUGGCUGACCAGUUCGACUUCAAGAUCUACAUUGCAUUCGUGUUCAAAGAAAAAAAGAAGAAGUCUGCGCUUUUUGAGGUAGCUGAAGUGGUUCCUGUGAUGACUAACAACUAUGAGGAGAGUAUUCUGAAAGGUGUGCGAGACUCCAGCUACUCCUUAGAGAGUUCUCUAGAACUUCUACAAAAAGAUGUUGUGCAGUUACAUGCCCCUCGCUACCAGUCAAUGCGAAGGGAUGUCAUAGGUUGCACCCAGGAGAUGGACUUUAUCCUUUGGCCCCGCAAUGACAUAGAGAAGAUAGUUUGUCUCCUGUUCUCCAGAUGGAAGGGGGCUGACCACGAACCAUUUAGGCCUGUUCAGGCCAAGUUUGAAUUUCAUCAUGGAGACUAUGAGAAACAAUUCCUGCAUGCUUUGGGCCGGAAGGACAAGGCUGGGAUGGUUAUGAACAACCCCAAUCAGUCUGUGUUCCUCUUUAUGGACAAACAGCACUUACAGACUCCAAAAACCAAGGCCACAGUUUUCAAGUUGUGCAGCCUCUGUCUCUACCUGCCUCAGGACCAGCUGACCUGUUGGGGGGUCGGAGAUAUUGAGGAUCACCUCCGUCCAUACAUGCCAGACUAGAGUAGACACAAGAAAGACACCCCACCGAAACAGCCGAAGCAAGUUAACCUAAUCUACACAUCCCUCUGUUGAAUAGAAUUGAACUUGUGCUUGGAACUCUCCUUUUUGUUAACCACUCAUUUCAUUCUGAGGUUAAUUUAGUCCAUUCUUUCCCUUUUUUCCCCUUAAUCCAGCCUUAAACAGUUUUUGUUUUGUUUUUCGUUUUUUUUUUUUUUG